AUGGGAAAUCCAGAAAACAUAGAGGAUGCAUACGUUGCUGUUAUUCGGCCGAAGAAUGCUGCCAGUCUCAAUUCUCGGGAAUACAGAGCUAAGUCAUAUGAAAUUUUGUUGCAUGAAGUUCCCAUUGAAGGACAGAAAAAAAAGAGAAAGAAGGUUUUGUUGGAAACUAAACUUCAAGGUAACAGUGAAAUAACACAAGGCAUAUUGGAUUAUGUAGUAGAAACCACCAAACCAAUUUCUCCUGCAAACCAGGGUAUCAGAGGAAAACGAGUGGUCCUGAUGAAGACAUUUCCUCUGGAUGGGGAGAAGGUGGGCAGAGAAGCGGCAUUAUUUAUUGUUCCAUCAGUUGUUAAAGAUAAUACUAAAUAUACUUAUACUCCAGGAUGCCCAAUUUUUUACUGCUUACAAGAUAUUAUGCGAGUCUGUAGUGAAUCCAGCACUCACUUUGCUACACUUACAGCAAGAAUGUUAAUAGCCUUGGAUAAGUGGCUAGAUGAACGUCACACACAGUCUCACUUUAUUCCAGCCUUAUUCCGACCUUCUCCUCUUGAGCGGAUAAAAACUAAUGUUAUAAACCCUGCAUAUGCUACUGAAUCAGGUCAGGCAGAAAACUCACUACAUAUGGGCUACAGUGCACUAGAAAUAAAGAGUAAAAUGUUAGCCCUAGAGAAAGCAGAUACCUGCAUUUACAACCCUUUGUUUGGAUCAGAUCUUCAGUAUACAAACCGGGUAGAUAAAGUGGUAAUAAAUCCAUACUUUGGUCUGGGAGCUCCGGACUACUCAAAAAUCCAAAUCCCCAAACAGGAGCAAUGGCAGAGGAGCAGGAGCAGUGUCACUGAAGACAAGGAACGACAGUGGGUAGACGAUUUUCCUCUCCAUCGAAGUGCCUGUGAAGGAGAUUCCGAAUUAUUAAACCGACUUCUCAAUGAAAGAUUUUCAGUCAACCAAUUAGAUAGUGACCACUGGGCACCCAUUCAUUAUGCAUGCUGGUAUGGAAAAGUUGAAGCCACUCGCAUAUUGUUAGAGAAAGGAAAGUGCAAUCCAAACCUUUUAAAUGGACAACUUAGUUCUCCUCUUCAUUUUGCUGCUGGAGGAGGACAUGCUGAAAUAGUACAGAUCCUCCUAAACCAUCCAGAAAUUGACAGACACAUAACAGACCAACAGGGAAGAUCUCCUUUAAAUAUUUGUGAAGAAAACAAACAAAAUAAUUGGGAAGAAGCUGCAAAAUUGUUGAAGGAAGCCAUUAACAAACCAUAUGAAAAAGUUCGUAUAUACAGAAUGGAUGGAUCAUACCGCUCUGUUGAACUGAAGCAUGGAAAUAAUACCACAGUGCAGCAGAUAAUGGAAGGAAUGCGUCUCUCUCAAGAAACACAGCAAUAUUUCACUAUUUGGAUCUGUUCAGAAAACCUCAGCCUUCAACUCAAGCCUUAUCAUAAACCAUUGCAACAUGUUCGUGACUGGCCAGAAAUACUUGCUGAAUUGACUAAUUUGGAUCCCCAAAGGGAAACACCACAGCUUUUCCUAAGAAGAGAUGUGAGACUUCCUUUGGAAGUUGAGAAAAAGACUGAAGACCCACUAGCUAUUCUUAUUCUCUUCGAUGAAGCCAGAUAUAAUUUACUGAAGGGCUUUUAUACAGCUCCUGAUGCUAAACUGAUAACGUUGGCAAGUCUACUGUUGCAGAUAGUUUAUGGAAAUUACGAGAGUAAGAAACACAAGCAAGGUUUCCUAAAUGAAGAAAAUCUCAAGUCUAUUGUACCUAUUACCAAAUUGAAAAGUAAGGCACCUCACUGGACAAACCGAAUACUUCAUGAAUACAAGAAUCUUAGUACAAGUGAAGGUGUCAGUAAAGAAAUGCAUCACCUACAGCGCAUGUUCUUACAGAAUUGUUGGGAAAUUCCUACAUAUGGAGCGGCUUUUUUCACAGGACAGAUAUUUACAAAGGCAAGCCCCAGUAAUCAUAAAGUCAUCCCUGUGUAUGUAGGUGUGAAUAUAAAAGGACUUCAUCUCCUCAACAUGGAAACUAAGGCUUUACUCAUCAGUCUUAAGUAUGGUUGCUUUAUGUGGCAAUUGGGAGAUGCUGAUUCAUGUUUUCAGAUCCAUAGUAUGGAAAAUAAAAUGAGCUUUAUAGUACAUACAAAACAGGCUGGCCUUGUGGUAAAACUACUAAUGAAGCUAAAUGGACAGUUAAUGCCCAUGGAAAGAAAUUCGUGAGAGGAAACCAGCUGACACUCAAGCCACCACAUUUUGUGAUGUAGAUUUUUUCCAUGAAAGAUUUCUUAAACUUACUUUUAACAAGGCAUUUAGUCUCUUGUAAUAUAUAUGUAUACUAUUACAUUGUACAGAAUCUGUACUCAUGUUUGGUGUGUGAUAUACCAGUUAGUUUUAUAUAAUAUCCUUAUAAGUUAAUUUUUAAGAGAAACACAAAAAUGUGUAGAUUGAUAGUCUGUAUAACAUUAGACAAAACAGUAAGCUUUAAAAAAGUUAUUUUUGGUAAAUGAUAAAGAAUUUAG